CAUGGUACAGUGGGUUUUUAGCAGGUUGGGUCGUGGAUUACCGAGGUGGAGAGGGGAAUCGGCCUAUGGUCAUUGAUGACCUUAAGGUCGAUGUGGGCAGUUAUAUGCUCACAAGUGAAGCAUUAACUUGGUGGGAAAAUUUCUUGAAACUACACCAAGGAGAACCUGAAUUGAGUACUUGGGAUGGUUUUAAAAAGAAGAGAAAACUUGAUAAGGGCCAUAAACCCUUUACCCCUGCACCACAGAGGUCUGACACUAACAAGGUUUCUAAAGAACUAGGAGUUAUCAAGACGGCAAGCCAAGCAUUAGUAGCUCAGCGUGCUCGUCCCGCUCAGCCUACUUGCCAUGCUUGUGAGAAAGUUGGGCACACUCGCGACCUGUGUCACACUGCUACUGGGGCUUGUGAGAAAGUUGGGCACACUUGCGACCUGUGUCACACUGCUACUGGGGCUUGUUUUAAAUGUGGCAAGCAAGGCCAUCAGAUUGCAAAUUGCCCGCAGUCGGACUCUAAAGCUCAGAGUACUCAAACUACAUCUCAGCAAGAUUCUACUAAUCAGGGGGCACAGAAACAAAAUGUCGAGGUUAGGAUAAGAACCCAACAAGCGAGAGUUAACAUGAUGACUCAUAAGGAAACAAUGGCUACUGAUGUUCAGAAAUAUCUAUUGAGUGGGUGCCAUGGUUUUCUAGUUUCUGUCACUGAUGCUAAUAGUGUGACGCCAAGAUUAGAAGAUAUACCUGUGGUGUGUGAAUUUCCAAAUGUAUUUCCAGAGGAUCUCCCAAGUUUACCUCCGGAUAGAGAGAUCGAAUUUGCUAUUGAUCUUGUUCCUGGCUUCGAACCUAUUUCUAAAGUCCCAUACCAUAUGGCUCUAGCAGCAUUGAAGGAGUUAAUGGUCCAGCUUGAGGAACUCCUUGAAAAAGGAUUUAUACAACCUAGUGUGUCACCUGGGGGAGCUCCAGUGUGGUUUGUUAAGAAGAAAGAUGGGAGCAUGAGACUAUGCAUUAACUAUCGAGAGCUAAAUAAGGUGACAGUGAAGAACCAAUAUCCACUUCCUAGAAUUGAGAACUCAGAUUAAGGAUGGCGGAAGAAAAGGAAGAAAAGGGGAAGAGAGGGAAAGAAGAAGAAAAAGAAAGGAGGAGGAAAGGAAAGAAGGAAGAAGGUUGAAAAUCAAAGAACCAAUGUUGGGUGAAGAGAGGAGAGUUGCUCGGUACCUUUGGAGUUAAUAAAAGAAAUGGAGAGGG